ACUCGCCCCCUUGACCAGACUGGCGAUGGUUUGGUGCCGGCUCCAAAGGACGCAAAGGCCUGAGCUAAUGCCAAUCCAUGAACUCCUCUAGUUCACCACAAAGGAGCAGUGAUACAGGGAUCACUGAUGCCUAUGAGCCUGAACACCGAUCAUGCGGUAGACGUAUGAAUAGCGAGUAGCUUUUCCAAGACUCAUUUAUCAAGGAACAAAGGAAGCUGUGGGUACAAGGAGUCUCGUGUGUACCUUUCCACCACAUAUGAUUUGACUACAAGCCGACCACUUUAAUCUAUAAAUAUGACAGCCUACGUGAGCCUUCUUUGAGCUCUCUCUGCUAGGCAGCGUGGCUGCAUGGUGGUGAUCUUCCCUUGAGCUGCUGGGACACCUCUCAGGGUUGCUCCUCAAGGCAGAGAAACCUUUUGCCAAUGGCGGAUCUUUGGUGGAUCCUUCCAGUGGCUGGGCUCAGACACACCGUGUGUGCAAUAGCUGCCCCUGAAUCUUCAUGUCCCCGGUUGCUGGUAUCUGGCCAUCUGAGUCCCCCUCUACUCACAGGAGCAGUGGGAUGUGGCUGCCAGAUUAACAAAAUGUUUGGGACUGUGGUGGUUGGAGUUGGAAUCGCUGGCUUAGCACGGAUCCGAGACUUGAUGAAUCCAAUGCCUUCCAGCCCUUCUGAACACCUCAAACUCUUUGGAUUUGUAUCCAGGAGGAGUUUUGGCAAUAUUAAUGAGGCCAAGCAGAUUAGCCUGGAAGAUGCUCUAACAAGCAAAGAGGUCCAUGCAGUCUUCAUCAGCACAGAGAACAGAAGCCAUGAAGAAACCAUCAGAAUGUUUUUAGAAGCUGGGAAACAUGUCCUCGUUGAGUACCCCAUGGCUUUGUCUGCUAAGGCAGCCCAUGAGCUUUGGGAGAUGGCUGAACAGAAAGAUAAAGUACUCCAUGUGGAGCACAUUGAGCUUCUGACCGAAGAGUACAAGCAGCUGAAAAAAGAAGUGACUGGGAAAGACCUUGUGAAGGGAACAUUGCAUUUCACAGGUAGUGUCCUCGAUGAAAACAAAGCAGGAUUCCCAGCUUUCAGUGGAAUUGCCCGACUGACUUGGCUGAUUGACCUCUUUGGAGACCUCACUGUCACCUCUGCCACCAGAGUAAUGCAGAAGGAUAAGAAUUAUUCCAGAAUGACUGUUCACUUUGAGACAACAAACAAGAAACCUCUGACUUGGAUUGAAGAAAGGGGACCAGGGAUGAGACGUGAAAAGAAAAUCAACUUCUGUUUCACAAGUGGUUGCCUGGAGGACUUCCCUCAAGCCCCAAGGUCUGCCAUGGGCCUCUUCAUGCAGGAUCAGAACCUCUUUGCCAAAAAACUGCUGGGCCAGGUAUCCAAGGAAGAGCUGGCUGCUGAGAAAUGGCGAAUUUUGCGGUGUCUUGACCUUGCUGAGGUGAUUCAACAGCACUGUGAACAGCCAGAGGAAAUCUGUUCCUGAGACUGCUGUUAGGGAAGGAGGAAUGUGGCAGACGGGAAAGCUGUAGGGCUAGAGUGCACUGUUGCCAUCAGGCAGUUGCUAUUUCUGUUUCAUUGCCUUCUUUUUGACUAGUUGUGAUUCCUAGCUCUCUGGGUGGGCUGGAGAGCCUGGGCUACACCCUGUGCCUUCUUGUUUGCACCAGUACAAAGCAGCAUUACCCCGCUCUGAUGCGUUGCCUUCCUUUCAGACAGAUAGGAACCUAGCAGCAACAAGCUUUCCUGGGAUUCAGUUAGAAAUGUCCCUAAAAGCAGAUCCUGGAGGACUGCAAAUACUAGAUAUGGUUUUCCUUUCUGAGGUUUUUUCCGACCUCUAGUUGUCUGAAAAUGACAUCUGUCUAUUUAGUAAUGUUCAUGUAUUAUUAUCUAGAAAGAAGUACUAGCUAGAAUGAAGUUCCAAGUGAGAUUUCCACCUCAUUACUUGAUCAGCAGAACUUGUGCCACCACAGUCAUGACCUUUUCUUCCAGAUGCCCGGAAUUGUUCUGUGUGUUUGCUCUAAUUAGUGGUGCCUGUUUGAUGUGGGGUUUUUGUUUGUUUGUUUUGUGUUUGGUUUUGUUUUGUUUUUUGCAUUGGAAAUCAUCGGCCUUCAAAUAGAAUCUAUAUUGGUAUCAAACCAUAAGAAAAAUCUUGUCUCUUGAUAAGUGCAGCUUUGAGUCUACUCAGUUUCUCUGGUGCCCUGUGCCAACACAGAAAUAGUUUUCCAGCAGAGAUUAGAACAGUACAUUAAACUAAGGCAUCUCCUGCCUGCUUACUACAGAAUCUAAAUAUUUUCCUUUUUAUGUACUGGAAGCAGUGUAUUAUUGUCCUUCAUUCAUAUUCUCUAUCUAAUUCAGCAUAUGAACAGCUCACUGCUAAAAAUAAUAUACAUCCUACCUCUAGGAAAAAAACUACCUAACUCCUGGAAACAGUGAAAUUCAUUAGAAAACAUGAUAAAAUUAGAAUAGAAGUGUAGAAAAUGGAGCAAUUUGCAAAUAUAGCCAUGUGGUUAUGGGAUAUGUCACUUGUGGGAAUGGGUCUUUAGCAUUUUACAGUAGUCCCAGGGUCAUGUAUGAAGACAGUACCACUUCCCUGAAGAAGCAUUUUAGUUUUAGGAGAAGCCUAAACAGUGCACAUAACUAUUAACAAUUCCUCUGUUUGCCUUUUACUUUCUAAUUACAGCAUCUGUCAGUGUUAUAUUAAUAUAGCAACAAACUUCAGUCUGUGGAGUUGUUUUUUGAAACACAGAAUCAUAAUUUUGUUUCCAUGUUAUCACGUGGGCAAUUUUUUAAUAAGGGAGUAUAUAUGUUGUGAAUGUAUACCUAAUUAUAGCCAGUCAAUACUGAUGGAAAAAGUUCUUCCUCUGGGUAAAUCGUGUCCAUUCAGAAGUUGGAUACAGUUCAAUUAGCUGGAAACAGGGAAGUAGAGACUGUAUUUUUUCCCAAAUUGGUCAGAUUUGAGGGGCAACUGGAGCUUGAUACGUGAAUUAGUUCUGUGUGUGAAAUUUGUUUAAAUCUACUCUGUCUGUUAAAAUUGGUGAAAACUCUCCUGUUGACUUCAGUGGAUUGAAAUUCAUGUGGGUUGCCAACAGAUUUGUGCAGUCAGAUCAUGCACGUCUCCACCCAAAUGGACAGCUUACUGAGCAUUCAUAGGGACUUCUUUACUGAUGUGAUGGACUUUACUUGGGUAGAUCCGAUGAUGUGUGAGAGGGGAAAAAGUGGGUUUGUGGCAAAAUGGGGAAGUCCAUCUGGGCUGGGAGUGUGAUUAGAAUUUAGUGUUUAUAUCUGUCUUUUAUGUAUGGCAGCACAUGAGAGGUGAAAUAUGAGGUGAACACCACUUGUUUAUACACUAAUUCAAAACAGGUAGCUGGGGAGAGAGGACAAAGGGAAGGGAGAUUCACACUCCACAUCUAUAGGCAUCAAAAUUAGCCACCAUGUCUCCCCAGGCGUGCUCUGCAGUUGCUGGGGAGAGCAGUAUUCCUCUAAGAAAUGGAGAAUAAAUUCACGGGAACUCUGUAGAGCAGCAGCAUAACAUUGUGUCGUGAAUCACCCUCUGGAGAAGCUUGUUUCUAUAGAGAGUGCCUGGGGAAAUUAGCUGGUUAAUUUGAGCUAGGAAAGGCAGAUGCCUAGAGCUGGAUAUCCUGCGCUCUCCUCCACCCCCCUCCCAUUCCUCCUAGCUAACCUGCUUGCUUACUGCUGUCUGCCCUGCUCCUGGGAGCCUGCAGUGUUCAAAUGGCUUUUCCUUCAGCCCUGUGAAUUUGCUCAGGUAACACGAUGGUUUGUAUAUGAGAGCUACUGGAUGUCAGACUUCAAACGUACGUACUGUUUAACCAGAUGUUGAACUCACCAAUAAAAAUAUUGCAGUUCUUAAUCAUU